AUGGGGUCAUCGACAGAGAUCGCCUUCUUUGAGGGAGAUGCCCUUACAAUGAUCCUUGAUGAUGCUGGAGAAGAGGUGUGCGUGCCGGAGCUGGCCCCAGACUUUAUCGGUGUCGAUGUGGAAUGGGAAGAGGAUUCCUCAGAGCAAGUCGAGGGAGAUGGGCAGAAUGACCAGGAGCCGGAGAAGGAAGGGACGUCGGCUCUGUCACCCGUCGAGGAGACAAAUGAAAGCCAGCCAAGCCAGCCGCCCCAGCACAUUCCCACUUGGUACAACGCUUCAAACAGCAGGAGGAAGAGUGGAAGCGUCGACUCCACCAAUAUGACUUGUUAUGAUUCCUUGUCGCUGGAAGCCAACAUCAACGAGGAGAUGGAGAAGCUGAAGAAGGAAAAUGCUCGACUGAGGAAGCGCGAGAAUAUUGUCGUGUCUCCAUGGUUUCUUGAAAAGUUUGACACACUUGCUCUGGUCGAGUCUCAGAUAAAGGUUCGCACGGAACGCUUUAUCGCUGCAAUCGACCUCCUAAAGAAGAGGACCAAAGAGGCGGAGUUCUACUCGAGGCAAGCUGCUGUCCUGCAGAACAUAUUGGUGGACAACGAGAUUUCCUUACCCAUUCUCGAGGACCUCGAUCCGGAUGAUGAGGCAAAGGAAAGGGCAGCCGCUGAAGAGUAUCUCCUUAGAAUCAACGACCAAGAUUGGGAGAUUAUAGACUUAAAAGAUAAGCUUAGUCAGUUUCUCCAUAAGCUUAGGGUGAUGGGAUGUUCCGGCGUUAUCAAGCCUUCCGGUUUAACCCUAAGGGGACAGAUCUUAAGAUUUAGGUAUAUAACAAGUGUGUAUUGA